AUGAUGUAUUCAGGUAAAAUUAUAAAAAAUAGCUAUUAUUUACCUUUUAAAUGCAAGUGCCUGAGCAGUGUAAACAAUCGUCUACCCAAACAGGAAUAUAAUUUGCAUUAUUUUAUGAUAAGUUCAAGUAACCCCUUUAGUGAUAAUGAAAUGCAUUUAAUUGAGUACAACGAUCAAUGCUGUUCUAUUAGAAAUAUAGACAUAUUUGAUCAUAAGGAGGAAUUUCAACAUAUGGUUUGUUUAGAUAUGCAUGAAAACAGGAAUCAUGAGGAAAAGGAAAUUCUUUUAUGCACCUCUGCGUUGUAUUCAUCAGAUAUUGAAAGUAAUAACCAUUAUAAUUCAAGUCAACUGAAAAGUAGAUGUUCUCUAUAUUUGGGUAAGAUAAAUAAUUUCGAAGAUGAGCUCAAAGCGGAUGGGGAAAGUGAAACAGAUGUGAGGGAACAGAUGGAAAUGAAUAAACAAUGGAAUCAAAAUUUAACCCAGCAGGAAAGACAAAAUGAGGACGUAGGAGUGGAAACGAAAAAUGAUGAAGAAAUAAAUGACUUAGAAUUAGAGCGAAAGGAAUGCUUCAACGAGGAUGAACGUUUGAACGAAAAGGUGAAUGAAAAUUUGCCGAAAAAAAGGCUAGUAAAUAGGGAAAAAAAAAAAAAAAAAAAACUGAAAAGGUUAUACGACCUUAGCACGAACCAGUCCUAUAUUGACAUUAAACAUAUUGCAGUGGAUGAUUACGAAAGGGAAUUUCGCAGAAUUGGCAUAAUAGACAAGUACAGUUACGGAAUAUUUGAGAGGGGUGAGAAUGAUAUGAAUUUUGUUCUAUCCAAAUACAUGGAAAGAGAAUUAAAUUAUGGUAUAUUUGAUCCACAUCAUGAAAAUGUGAUAGCCGUAAUAAGUGACACAAAUGUAUAUGGAUAUGAUAUUAAAAGUAAUACGGAAAUAUUUUCAGCCCAUACAAAUCAUAAAGCCAAUCUAUCAUGCAUUGAUUUCAAUUCAAACAUUCCGAAUGUCAUUAUAACAUCAUCAAAUGAUGGUUACAUAAAAUUUUGGGAUUUACGAUUUUUGGAAAAUGCAUUUCUUACAAUCAAUAUUCAUUCUCAUUGGAUUACUUCUAUCCAUUUUAAUAAUUUUCAUGAUGAACUAUUGCUAAGCACAAGCACGGAUAAUACUGUUAAAUUACACAAAAUUGAAUAUCCAACGAAUUUAAAUUUACAAGACAAGGAAACAAAUUAUAAAUUAAUAAAAACUUAUACAGAUCAUGAAGAGUCCGUUUAUCAAGGUGUCUGGAGCAAAACAGAUGCAUGGAUAUUUGCUUCACUCUCUUACGAUGGAAAGUGUGUCGUGAAUAGUGUGCCAAUUGAGCAAAAGUAUAAAAUUCUGUUGUAA